AUGAACCACAGGCAGGCGGCGUCUCCCAGCCCGGACAGCCCGCGGGCCAGGAGCCGGGACAACCUGCUAGAGGAGGACAGUUGCCCAGGACGAUGGCUCGGCUCUGAGAGACAACUGCUGGCCCGCCUCAGCGCCGUCAAGCGACGCCAGGCCCUGCGGGGCCCCGGCCACAUGUUCACCGCGCCGUCCGUCAGCCCCUCGGAGGUGGAGCAGCGCUUCCUGGAGGCGGCCGAGUACGGCAACAUACCCGAGGUGCGGCGCACGCUGCGCCACGUGCCGCACCUCAACGUCAACACGGUGGACUACAUGGGCCAGAACGCGCUGCAGCUGGCCGUGGCCAACGAGCACCUGGAGGUCACCGAGCUGCUGCUGGGGAGGCCCGACUUGGCCCGGGUGGGCGACGCCCUCCUGUUGGCCAUCAGUAAAGGUUAUGUUCGCAUCACAGAAGCCCUGCUAGCCCAUCCAUCAUUUCGAGAUGCCCAUCGUCUUACAGCGAGUCCUGCUCAAGUGGACAUCCUGGACGACUUCUACGCUUACGACGAGGACGGGACAAGAUUCUCCCACGACGUCACUCCGGUGAUCUUGGCGGCGCACUGCCAGGAGUACGAGAUAGUCCACACCCUGUUGAGUAAAGGCGCUCGAAUCGACCAUCCCCACGACUACUUCUGUGGCUGCAACUCCUGCAACUACCAGCAGCAGUUUGACUCUUUUAGCCACUCGCGCUCCCGCAUCAACGCCUACCGGGGACUGGCCAGUCCGGCGUACCUUUCUCUGUCCAGUGAGGACCCAGUUUUGGCCGCCCUGGAGCUCAGCAACGAACUGGCCAUGCUGGCCAACAUCGAGAAGGAGUUUAAGAAUGAUUAUUGCUGCCUGUCGAGCCAGUGCAAGGACUUUGUUGUGGGCCUGCUGGACCUCUGUCGCAGUACGGAGGAGGUUGAGGCAAUACUGAACGGAGAAACCGACUGCGACGACUGCUACGAUCCGCCAGGUCGCCCUUCCCUGACACGCCUCAAGUUAGCCAUCAAGUACGAACUCAAGAAGUUUGUGGCCCAUCCCAACUGCCAACAACAGCUGCUGAGUAUUUGGUACGAGAACCUGCCUGGUUUGAGGCAACAAACCACUGCCAUCAAACUUCUGGUUGUCUUGGCGGUGGCUAUGGGGCUACCAGGGUUGGCUAUGGCCUACUGGAUUGCUCCAUGCAGCAGAGUGGGUCGAGUGAUGCGAAGCCCCUUCAUGAAGUUUGUGGCCCACGCCUCGUCUUUCACGAUCUUCCUGGGUCUACUGAUUCUGAAUGCCGCAGACCGCUUUGCGGGAACCACCAUGCUACCAAACAUGACCCACCAUCAGAUUCCGGGAGGAAUCAGCACAGACCCGUUGCUGCUCUACCGAAUGACCACAACCCCCUUCACCUGGAUGGAGAUCCUAAUCAUCUCGUGGGUCAUGGGUAUGAUCUGGGCAGAAGUGAAGGAGAUCUGGAGUCUCGGGCCAGGGGAAUACAUUGUGGAACCGUGGAACUUUUUGGACUUUGGGAUGCUGGCCAUCUUCCUGGCGUCUUUCAGCUGUCGACUGUCCGCGCUUAGACACGCCAGAUUUGCUCAGACUUAUGUCCACGCUCACUGCACAAACCUGACAAACGUCAUGCUGCUCCCGGAGAUCCGCUACUUUACACUUGCCCGCGUCCAUUGGUUGCCGUCAGACCCCCAGCUGGUCUCCGAGGGCUUGUACGCCGUGGCGGUGGUGCUGAGCUUCUCUCGCAUCGCGUACAUCCUCCCGGCCAACGAGAGCUUCGGUCCGCUGCAGAUCUCCUUGGGGAGGACGGUGAAGGACAUCUUCAAGUUCAUGGUCAUCUUCCUGCUGGUCUUCUUGGCCUUCAUGAUCGGCAUGUUCAACCUGUACUCCUACUACCUGGGCAUCAAGCAGAACGACGCCUUCACCACGCUGGAGGAGAGCUUCAAGACUUUGUUCUGGGCCAUAUUCGGACUUUCCGAGGUCAGGUCCGUAGUCAUAAACAACGGGCACAAGUUCAUCGAGAACAUCGGCUACGUGCUGUAUGGCGUUUACAACGUUACCAUGGUGAUCGUGCUGCUCAACAUGCUCAUCGCCAUGAUCAACAGCUCCUUCCAGGAGAUCGAGGACGACGCCGACGUGGAGUGGAAGUUCGCCCGGGCUAAACUCUGGUUCUCCUACUUUGAGGAGGGAAGAACGCUGCCGGUGCCCUUCAACCUGGUCCCCAGUCCGAAGUCCAUGCUGGGUCUCUCCAAAGGCAUCAAGUCUGUGGCCCUGCGCUACAUGAGGGGACACAAGGAGGACAAAGACCAGACACAGCUAGACCAGAUUGGAGGAAGAAAAAGUCCGUCAUACAGCGAUUCCAACCACCCUUCCAGAUAUCAGAAGAUCAUGAAGCGCCUGAUCAAGCGUUACAUCAUCAAAGCGCGGGCGGACCGCGAGAGCGACGAGAUCACGGAAGGUGAGCUGAAGGAGAUCAAGCAGGACAUCUCCAGCCUGCGCUACGAGCUGCUGGAGGACAAGUCCCAGAACGUGGAGACCUUGGACGGGCUGCUGAAGAGACUGGGCGACAUCACCGCGCCCUGCUGAUCCUCCUUUGUUUACUGUAGCCAUGUAACAACAACACAGAGGACAUGAUGACGUGAAGUAUCAGUCACAGGUGAGGGGGGCACCCUCUCAUUAGAAAGUGUCUCCAAACUUUUGACUCCUGCUGCAAUCAGGCGGGGUCAAACUCACACUUUAUUUUUUUUUAUUUUUUUACAGACUGAUAAAUUAGGUGUUGAUAUCGGUGCGAUAUCAGCAAAAGAAACACGCAUCGGAUGAUAUCAGCUUGCAUGUAAAA